UAACAUACCAUAUUGGUGAAAAUGGCUGCCUCGCCCAGUAAUCAGUCAACUUUGAAAAAAGAGGACAAGAAAGAUGAGAGCUUUUUUGACAAGUUUACAACGUUAGGAAAAAAGAAAAAGAUCAAGGAAGCUAAUGAGUUGACCGAAGAAGGACAGAGUGCUAUAGACUCACCUUCCAGUCCAGUGAAGGCUGAGCUCCUCCCACAAGACUGCAUUCUCGACGAGAACGAGGAACGGUCGAUGGUGGAACCGAUAUCGAAAGAAAAUCCCCAACUGAAGGAGCUGAUCAAGGUACUGCUGGACUGGGUGAAUGAUGAGCUGGCAUCAUACAGAAUCAUCGUUAAGGACAUCGAAGAAGAUCUGUUUGAUGGCCUCAUCGUUGGCAAGUUGAUCGAAAAGUUGACUGAUACCAGGCUGGAGGUGGCUGAAGUAACUCAGAAUGAAGCUGUCCAGAAGGCUAAACUAAGAACUGUGUUGGAGGCAGCCAAUGAAAUUCUGGGUGUUCAGAAGUGGAAUCAACAAAAAUGGAGUGUGGAAAGCAUUCAUGGAAAAAAUCUAGUUGCAAUUUUGCACUUGCUUGUGGCCCUGGCUAUGCACUUUCGAGCACCUAUUCGUUUACCGGAGCAUGUCAUCGUAAAUGUGGUUGUGGUGCAGAAGAGAGAAGGACGGCUCCUCACACGGACAGUAGCCGAGGAGCUGACAAGAGAGAAUGAGCACCUGGGAGCGAAGUUUGAAAGAGAUGCUUUUGACACAUUAUUCGACCAUGCUCCAGACAAGCUGAACGUUGUGAAGAAGUCAUUGGUGACGUUUGUGAACAAGCACCUGAACAAGAUUAACUUGGAGGUGACAGACCUGGAGACACAGUUUCAUGAUGGGGUGUACCUCGUCCUUCUGAUGGGUCUCGUGGAGGGCUACUUUGUACCAAUGUACAGCUACCACCUGACACCAACAGAGUUUGAUCAGAAGGUGCACAAUGUGACAUUUGCCUUUGAGCUUAUGAUGGAUUCUGGAUUACCGCGGCCAAAGGCCAGGCCAGAGGACAUCGUUAACAUGGAUCUAAAGUCAACUCUUCGUGUGCUGUACAAUCUUUUCACCAAGUACAAGCAAGUGGAAUAAGUGGGACACUAGGGCUUUAGUUUUCAUAUACACUCAACAAGUCUAAACGUCUAUACGUUUUUGGCCUGAUGAUUAUUUUCUACAUGUGUGUAGGAAGUUGGUGCUAUUUUGUUUUGUCAGUGUGCUUUGAUUGUACUCUGGGGGCCAAAGGUGGGUUUCGAAUUUUUAAUGGCAAAACAAUUGGCAUGUUAUGUAACUCAGCAUGUGUGCAUUUAAAUAGAGUAUUAGCGUAGCUUUCGUCAUUAUUUUCCAUUGACAAAUAUAAUAGCUAUGAUACACACUAAAUAUUGUUAAUAGAAAUAGUUUAAUUUUAAAGUAAGUUAAUAUUUGUGUUUUAAUGAUUAAAGGUUAGUGCCAUUAUUUGUGCUGCUCUAAUGGUGAUGAUGUAAGUUGUACUGAUUAUUUUCCCACAUUUUACAUCAGGUGCUUUUCUCUCAUAUCAUUCAAAUGAUAAAUUAUUACAAUAUUUCAGUUUCACCAUUAGUUAUAGUAAAGUUAUGCAUUAGUUUAUGCUACUUGUAGUAUUUAUACAGCAUUUUUACAACUAAAUAGUAGAGUAAUAUUUUCAUGCAAUAUUACUGAUUUAGAGCAUGAAAUAAUAUGAGAGAACCAUGAGAGUGGGAGGCAGCAUAAGCAAUGAAAUUACCUUAAGCAAAUGCCUGCAAUUUUGUACAGCAGGUUUUAGUUAUUUUUCAUAUCCUCGUACAUAGUAAAUAUUAGUAUGUAACUGAAGGAAAUUUUUCAUAACGUUACCCAAUUAAUGUGUGCUUUCUUGACUAUUGCUAAGUAUAUAUUUAAAUAUUCCAUAGUAUUUGUAAUAGCCAAGGAUGUGACACAAUCCUCAUCCGUUUAUAUCAUGUAUGGUAAUUAUUAUGAAAAAACUCAUACAAGUUGGCAUGUAGCCUAUAUUAGAUGUGCACGCAUCGGGUGGAUGCUGGCUCAUUGUUUUAUACUAUGGAAAAGGAAAAAGUCUCACACUAGAACUUGCAACUUCUGUAUUACUUUUAUAAUUUGCAUUUCUAGCAUGUGACGAGAUCGUGAAUUUUAGCGUACGACUUUACUGCUUCACCAAGUCGGCAGUCGCACAUUGCACCUGCAUGUGUCUUUAUUUGGUUGUGCAAUGAAUGAUUUUUGUGUGCAAUAUAUCAAUAUACAUAAACUGAAGAUUUAGAUGUCAGGAAACAGGUACUGACUUACAGUUUGAGCCGAGUUAUUUAGAACCAUUUAGUAAAGGCAAUAGCUGUGCAAGUUGUCAAAAUUUACAAGUAGGCUAUAUACGUAGUAAAAUAUUAAUUUAUUAUUGUAGUGGAUCGUGUUUGGAAACAUCUAGAAUUGAGUCUAUUUAAGAUGACAAUGUUAACAAUGUUAACAUUGAAAUAAACAUUUAUACUAGUA